AAUGGUGUAUUUUAAUAUUUUCUGUAUUUUAUCUUUAACUGGAAGUUCCUAUUCACAAGUUAUUUCAAAAGGAAAAUGUCCAGACGUGAAAGUGGUGUCCGAUUUUAAGCUUCCAUCGUAUCUUGGAGACUGGUACGAGAUAUACAAGUUUAAAGCUGAUUUUGAAAAUGGUCAAAGUUGUAUCCAUGCCAAUUACCAAAAGAAGGCAAAUGGUCAUAUACAAGUAUAUAAUAGAGGACAAACAGAAGAUGGAAAAAUAACAACUGCGAUUGGUGACGGAUACAACCCAGUCCCAGAAGAACCAGCAAAGCUUGCCAUUAAGUUUUCUCCAGUUGCUCCUUACGGUAAAUACUGGGUACUGGAUACCGACUACACAUCAUACUCCUUGGUUUACUCAUGCACAGAUUUAUUUUCUGUUACGCAUGUCGAGUUCGCCUGGAUACUGUCUAGACAAAGAACACUGGAUGCAGCCAUAUCAUCUCGACUUUUUAAUAUUAUGAAAUCUUAUAAUAUUGAAACUAGCAACUUCUCGUCUGAAAACCAAACAGACUGCAAAAAUUAAUUAACAUUAAUGCAACGUAUAUUUGAAAAAUUGUCAGUUUAUACCAUGGCGUUGUCAGUUUGUUUUCGAUCUAUGAGUUUACUGUCCCUCUGGUAUCUUUCGUCCUUCUUUUAUAGUAGAAUUAUUCUUUUUUUUUUUUCAAUGAUUGAUUGACAUUAACUAUAAAGGUUUAUCUAAACAAAUGUAUAUUAUGUUUCUCACGUUUAAAUAAUCGUGACAUACUUGGUGAAUUAUAUUUAAAGAAACACGUAAUGAUCAAAUAUAUAAAAUAAAUGUAAAAACAAACUAUAAUAAUAACUGG